CAGGAAGAAAACUCCGAAGAUUGCGCUACAAUGGAGGCGACUGUGUUUAUCCUAUCGCUUGUAGACUGUUGUGCACUGAUUUUUCUUUCGGUUUACUUUAUUAUCACUCUGUCAGAUCUAGAAUGUGACUACAUUAAUGCCCGAGCAUGCUGCUCCAAGCUGAACAAAUGGGUAAUUCCAGAGAUGGUUGGUCAGUGUCUCUCUAUGAUGCUCAUGCUGGUCUCCAUGCACUGGUUCAUUUUCCUGCUCAACAUGCCUGUAGCAGCCUGGAACAUCUACAGGUAUGUGAAGAUUCCUAUGGGAAACAUGGGUGUGUUUGACCCAACUGAGAUCCACAACAGGGGUCUGCUUAAAUCGUACAUGAAGGAGGCCAUGAUUAAAUUAGGAUACCACCUGCUCUGCUUCUUCAUUUAUUUGUACAGCAUGAUCCUGGCUCUGAUCAAUGACUGAGGCCCUCAACAGAGUGACCACCCUCACAUCUGUACUGUUUGGAUGAAAUGUCUCAGAACACUGUUGAUUUGUGUUGUCAGGAUCCAAGGUUUGCAGUUUGAUACAGUUAUGUGGUUAAUAUUUAACCAUUCAGUGCUUAACACUUUCAAAAUAGCCAAAAAUGUCUUUUUGUAUGGUAAAGAACCCUAUAUUAUUUUUUUAAAUACUUUUUUGACAUGAGGGCAAUCACAUUUGCUUUUCAUUGUAUGUUGGUGUGAAUAUUUUUGUCUGUGCUUCAAUUAGCUGAAACAAAAAAAUGUAAGACAUAGUCAAUUACAAAACAUUUCUAAUAAGUAAUGCAUACAACUGAUCCACUUAGCCUACUUUAUUUAGUUUCAUUUACAUAGCAUGCUCAACAUAUGAAACAUCAGCCUGGCAGAAAGAUCCUUCAGUGAUCACAGUUGCAAGUAGAAAUUGUUGAAUAGCUCACUUUAUUUGCAAUAGCCCCCAUUAAAUAUAAGAUAUGGUCUACUGCUGCUGUGCAAAUAUGCAUGAAAAAAGUCCUUUGGACUCUGUUCAUAGGGCAGGACCAGGAAUUUGUAUGAUCGGGUUAAGGUUUUUAAUGUUUCUCAUUAAAACCCAGUGAUGUAAAACCAAAAAGAAAUGCUUAUAUGGUUUUUGCUAUAAGAUACAAAAUUAUAAAAUGGAAAAAUGAACAUUUAUGGUCAACAUCUCAGCAAAAAAAUGUAAUUUAGUUUGAUUUUCAUUUGCCUUUGGGAAACCAUGUUUUUAUGUUUCUGGCUGCACCCUACUAUUGCUUUUUGGGACUCUAGGUGGCACUGUUUUCCCUGUGCAACUCAAUUUGCUUUCAAAAAAAAGAAUGUGCUUUGUUAAUGGCUCAAGUUUGCUUGAAUACUGUAAAUAAAGAAAUAAAAACUAGGUAUCUGUCAA